AUGUUUCCACAACCAUCCAAGACUUUCAACAACAACUUCUUCACUCCAAAGAAGAGAGAGCCAAUAUCCAAAGACAAGAUAAUUGAUAUCCAAAAGUUAGUUCAUCAGAAUAAUAACAAUGAACUAAUAAUUACAACAGACAUUAAUAUAAUAUUCGGAGGAAGAGCAUGUAGUGGACAACAUACAACAAUUGAGGUGCUUAAAGAUCCAUGCUACUCACCUAGAUACACCAAGUUAUCCUGUGAUCAGCCUCCAGAGGUAAAGUGCCAAACAUUCUCCGUGAUCAACAGGGUGAACUUUGAAGUGCAGAACUACACACUUCGAUUCAUAUCCACGCCUGGUCUGUUUAGGGAGACAUACCAAAAGGAGGAGCCAAAAUGGGACAAUACCAAGGUCAUGACAAUGAUCGCCAACAACUUGGACAAAGAGGUGACCUACCUCAACGGUCUCAUCCUGUUCAUCUCUUUUGAGGGUGGCAUCAAUGAACAAGAUAUCCAGUCGAUAUUAUGGUAUCAAGUCUACUUUAAAGAUCAAGGUCUCAAGAUGGCGCUCUGUGUCACUCAUUCAGACAAACACCUUGAGAAGGAGUGGAGGGACCAUAUUCUGAACGAGAUCAAUAGUCAUCAAGAAUUGUCCAAAUUGAUCAAGAAUGGAGAUAUGAAUAUUCUCUUCAUGGGCUGUGUAGACCUGGCUCGCUAUACCAAUGAAGAGCAACUCCUCGAGGCCUACAAAUUAGUGUUUGCCAUGCGUGACGAAAUGUUCAAGUUUAUCUUUGACUGUAAAGACAGAAUGUAA